AUGCCCCCGAAACUCUCACUGUUGGUCCUUUGGAUUCAAGUGGCAUGGGUGAGCACUCAGCAGCUGGAGCAGAAUCCUCAGCUUCGAAAGAUCCAGGAGGGAGAAAAUGUUACUGUGUUCUGCAAAUCCUCAAGCACUUUGCCCUCCUUUCAAUGGUAUAGACAGGAGCCUGGGAAAGGUCCUGUUCUCCUGACAGCAUUAACCAAGGGUGGAGAACCAAAGACUCAGAAGAGAUUAAUGUUUCAGCUUGAUAAUUCAAGAAAACAAAGCUCCUUGUUCAUCACUGCUGCCCAGCCUGAAGAUACAGGCAUCUACAUCUGUGCAGGUGUUGAUAGAGGCUCGAGCUUGGGGAAGCUGUACUUUGGAAGAGGAACUCAGCUAAUGGUACAGCCAGAUAUCAAGGAUCCUAAACCCGCCGUGUACCAGUUGACAAAAUCUAAAACCAGCAACAUGACCGUCUGCCUAGUCACUGACUUUGUUUCUAAUACGACUGUCAUAAAGAAAGAGUACGGGAUGUUCAGCACCAACACAACUGUGUUGGACAUGAAGAGCACAGAGUCCAAGAGCAACGGAGUCCUGGCCUGGGACAACACUGCCAGUUUCAGUUGCAGCGAACCCUUCACUGUGCCAUUCUACUCCAGCUCAGGCCUUUCCUGCAAUGCCACAUUGGUAGAGAAAAAUUUUCAAACAGACUGGAACCUGAAUUUCCAGAACCUGCUGGUAGUCACCUUCCGCAUCCUCUUUCUCAAAGUAACCGGCUUCAACCUGCUGAUGACACUACGGCUCUGGUCCUGCUGAGGUCACCAAGACUGUGAGAGUCCCAUGCCCUGGCUCCCGACUUCCUCUAUCACCUCUCGCCUCUUCAAGCCAAGAAGCCACCUUUCAGGGCCACUGUCACUGCCACCAACGGACCCUACAGACCACCUGCCGUCGAGGCUGAAGAGCUCCUCACACACUGCUGCCGCCCGCUCUGUUCCCUCAUUGCUGCUUGUUCCCAGCACAAGCUGGGAACUGUGGGCCGGGGCCACCUCCUCGGGGCAGUGGACAAUCUCUCUUUUCAUCCCACCCCUCAUCCCAAGACCAGGAGGUGACAGCUCCCCAGUUCCCACACCCGAGUGCCUGGAGAACGCUCUAAGGAGCUUGUAUUUGUUUAAACAGUGUUCAUAAAGAAAUCUCUAUCUUCCUUUCCCCCAAGAUGUGGGGGCAAUGGUCUCGUAACCUAGGUCCUGCUUUGCUCUGUAACCAAGCCACACUGUAUAUACAGCUACCCACGGCUUCAUUAAAAGCGAUUGCA